UUGCGCAGUGACGUCACUGCAUCUACACCGGGCGGGAUAUCCGCAGUAGUAAAGCUAACUAAUAACAUGGCGAAGACUUACGAUUACUUGUUUAAACUACUUUUAAUCGGCGACUCAGGCGUUGGGAAGACCUGCGUGCUAUUCAGAUUUUCAGAAGACGCCUUCAACUCAACGUUUAUCUCCACUAUAGGUAUUGAUUUCAAGAUCAGGACAAUAGAAUUAGAUGGAAAGAAGAUCAAGCUACAGAUAUGGGAUACAGCAGGACAAGAAAGGUUCAGGACCAUCACGACAGCCUACUACAGAGGAGCCAUGGGCAUCAUGUUAGUGUAUGACAUUACCAAUGAAAAGUCCUUUGACAACAUCAAGAACUGGAUAAGGAAUAUAGAAGAGCAUGCAUCAGCAGAUGUGGAAAGGAUGGUCCUUGGGAACAAAUGUGAUGUCAAUGACAAGCGACAGGUGUCCAAAGAGAAAGGAGAGAAGCUGGCGCUGGAGUAUGGAAUCAAGUUCAUGGAGACCAGUGCAAAGGCGAACAUCAACGUCGAAAAUUCCUUCUUAACCCUUGCCAGAGACAUUAAAGCAAAAAUGGACAAGAAGCUGGAGGGCAACAACCCGCAGGGCAGCAAUCAAGGAGUAAAGAUUACAGAACAACCCAAGAAGAGCAGUUUCUUCCGCUGUACGCUCCUGUGAGGAGACCCAAGUGUCGGCAUCCACCUUUGCCUUAACUGUGUCCCCCACUGGACAGAACUGGACAGAGCACACUCUGAUCACUCUUUUUAUUUUUCUUCACUUUUCUUCCUCCUUCUCUUUCUCUCUACUCUGAAAAACAAAUGUUUAUCGCUCUCUUGGUUCCCUUGACAACUGUGAAUCUAACUGCUGUGGCUUCUGUGAGAUGCUAAAUCUGAUCAUUAGAUUAACAGAUCCAACUUGAUUGCUUAGAUUGUAUUGACUUUUAAAGACUGCCUCCUUGUGAGACACGAGAAAUGAUCAAACCUUUUACUUUUUGCAAUAAUGUCUGAUUCCCAGAUGGUUUCUUUCACCUGUUGUCAGUGUCUUUUGGUGAAGUCUUAGUUAUUCGAUCCUUACCACUCAAAGUAGCCCAUAUUAUACUUCCAGAAAAGGCUAACUACUCCAAUAGGUUUCCUAAUUUUGAAUAUACUUCAUCUGUCGAAUAAUGCAAUGUAUGUAUCAAAGGUGAUGAGAGGACAAUCGAUCCUAUUACGCCACAUUUGUGUACUGACUUGGUGGCUUAGACUUUUAUACAUCCACAAUAGGUAAAUGCAACAUGUAAAUAUGUAUCAUUGAUUAUGAUUCACGAUAUGAGACGGUAAUGAGGAUGCAUUUUUCUCAUCAUAUCAACAUUGGGGUUUACAUGUCCUCUGUCCACCUUUUCUACUUGUGUCUCUCUGUUGAUUUCUUAGGCUGAAACAUUCCUCUUGUGAAAACUUGAAUGUGCAAUGUGAUGUGUGUGUGUGUGUGGGGGGGGCCCAGAUUUAGCCUUUUUUAAGUAUUCACAUGGUUGCAGUAAGACUGGGCUCUUGACCAAGUAUGCUUGUUUUAAGGGCACACAGAUUCCUUUUGUAGUUGCUUGCCAUUUUAGGUAUUGCAAUUUCUAUGGAUAAGAUAAGAUGUGAUUGGUCGUCGUUUAUUGGAUGCACUUCAACUGGUGGACUAGCAAUACCUAACUCUGACACUUGGAGGCAAUACAGUUACACAGCAGUGGCACAGAAAAGAAUCACAGCAAUGAAGAAAUCAUUGUUUUAUGCAUUCAUACUCCUUCCUGUUGUCAGUUCCAAAAGGGGGAACACGUACACAGCUGUUUUCUGGGCCUUGGAUAGGGGCUGUGCUGUAGCAGUAUUUAUGGAGAGAAACAAAAACAGCACCAAAAUGACAAAGUGCCCUUUUAUGUUCUUAUUGAUUAUUAUGCACUUUUCCUUUUUGUUCUUUCUGUAAAAGAAAAAAAUUCUUAACAUUUGCUGACUAUUUGUUGCAGUCACAAGCAAAGAAUAUCGAUGCACAAGUUAUUCAUGUACCUUAUCUGGGCUUCCUAAAAUCAUUUGAGCACUGAAACCUUGUCUUUUGAGUUAGUAUAAUGAAAAUAUACAGAAGGCCUUUGAUUUGGAGAUUUAUCUCCCAUUACAACAUUCCUAUCAAUUUAUAUUUCACUUUUUCUAGCUUCAUAUGCAUUUGCAUCCCCUUUGAUGCUUUUGGGAACCCCAGAUGCACCUACCCCUCACCCACCUAGUCUCUCUCUUCUUCCCUCCCAUGUCUCUUCUUGGUCCAAUACCAUGGCCACCUGAACUAUGCAUAAUGCAUAGAAAAAACCUCAAAAAGCUUUGCACAUUAUACUUGACAAGCUUUAUUUGAAAUUAGAAAUGUGCAAAUGAUUCUUGCUGUUAUAUUCUAUUGUAAUUGGUCGGUUGAGCUGUUUAUGCGCAAGAAUAGGAAAUGAAUUCAAAGCUAAAAUUCACUGCUGAUGUUAUACAGUGAGUGCAAAUCCUUUCUAGCGCUGCUGAGGAGACAUUGAAUUUAAUAUUUAACUGUGUAAUUGUUAACCUGUGGAAGUAAAUCAUUGCCGUUAACAUGUUUUGACUUUUGGCACAAUUUAGGUUUAACUUGCUCUCACGGGUUAAGUCAAUUCAUGCCUUGAUAAAAAAAAAAAUGCAGGUUUUUAGACCUGAGUUUGGCUUAAAUUUCAUCUAAAUUUAAUUUGAUUGGAGUGAUUUGUACUUAAAAUUUGCCAGGUCCAUGGUAACAUAUCAUCAGCAUUCCCUAGCUAAAUUUGGAUUUCAUCGCUGAUUAUUGAUGGAUUCCAUGGGGAAUAAAUUAAAUAAUUCAGCAAUUGUAAAUACGAUCUACAAUGAUUGUUCUGAAGGUUCGUAAAUCGUAUUGAUCUACACAUUUUGUAGAUAUGUGUUUUGAUGAUUUAUUAAAAGAGAUUCUUAAAUAAAUGUUUUUCAAUU